UCUCAUAUCUAUCUGUAGAUGUAUGUAAUUGGAAGAAAGAGAAGAGGAAGAGUGCCUGGGCCUGCUGCUGCGUUACAAGCCAAGCCACCUGCUCCGAGUCGGCUCCCCACCCCACAUCCCACAUCCCGGCUUCCCCUGUCGUCGUCUCUCCUCUGUUUAUCUAUCUCCGCCCUCCUCCUCCUCGUCUUCUUGCUAGCCGCUGUUCUAGAUUGUUGGGCAGAUUGAGGAGGAGCAAGCAGAAUUGUUGGGCAGAUUGAGGAGCAGGCGAGAAAGGAAGAGAUGGACAAGUACGAGCCGGUUCGGGAGAUCGGGGCUGGCAACUUCGGUGUGGCGAAGCUGAUGCGGAACAAGGAGACGCGGGAGCUGGUGGCCAUGAAGUUCAUGGAGCGAGGGAACAGGAUCGACGAGAAUGUUUUCCGCGAGAUCGUCAACCACCGUUCCCUUCGCCACCCCAACAUCAUCCGCUUCAAGGAGGUUGUGCUGACGCCGACCCACCUGGCGAUCGUCAUGGAGUACGCGGCCGGCGGCGAGCUGUUCGAGCGCAUCUGCGAGGCCGGGCGCUUCCACGAGGACGAGGCCCGCUACUUCUUCCAGCAGCUGGUGUGCGGGGUGAGCUACUGCCACGCCAUGCAGAUCUGCCACCGCGACCUCAAGCUGGAGAACACGCUGCUGGACGGCAGCCCGGCGCCGCGCCUCAAGAUCUGCGACUUCGGCUACUCCAAGUCGUCGGUGCUGCACUCGCGCCCCAAGUCAACGGUCGGCACGCCGGCCUACAUCGCGCCGGAGGUGCUGUCCCGCCGCGAGUACGACGGCAAGCACGCCGACGUCUGGUCCUGCGGCGUCACGCUCUACGUCAUGCUCGUCGGAGCCUACCCGUUCGAGGAUCCAAAGGACCCAAAGAACUUCAGGAAGACCAUCUCGAGGAUCAUGUCGGUGCAGUACAAGAUCCCAGAGUACGUGCACGUCUCCCAGAACUGCCGACACCUGCUCUCCCGCAUCUUCGUCGCAAACCCCUACAAGAGGAUCACCAUGAGCGAGAUCAAGAGCCACCCCUGGUUCCUCAAGAACCUGCCGCGGGAGCUCAAGGAGGAAGCGCAGGCCGCCUACUACACCCGCCGGGGAGGAGACGCCGGCGCCGGCGCCGCCACCGCAAGUGGCAGCAGCAACAAUGCCAAUGGCGGCAACGCCGCCACCUACUCGGCGCAGAGCGUGGAGGAGAUCAUGAGGAUCGUGCAGGAGGCGCAGACGCUGCCCAGGGGGGUCAGGCCCGGCUCCGGCUACGGCUGGGGCGCCUCGGACGACGACGACGAGGCAGCCGAGCAAGACGAGGAGGAAGAAGACGACUACGACAGGACGGUGAGGCAGGUGCACGCCAGCGGGGACUUGGACAUGAGCAAGCUUCACAUCUGAAUCUCAUCUCAUGAUUACCGUGCGUUCCUUCUACAAAUCUAUCUGAUGAGCAGCGUGGAUUCCUUCUACAAAUCUGAUGAUUAGCAUGCAUUCUGCGUUAGUACUACUACAUCCUACGGGCGAACGCGCCAUUAAUUUUUGUUAGCACUCUCUCCCUUCUCACUUUUCAGCCAUCCAUCCAUCUACUGUAGUAGUAUCUACUUCCGUUGUCCAAGAAAAAUCUAUUGUAUCCUCCGCUUCAACCUCGACUCACCACUUGACAUGCAUGUAUGAUUUUCAUCCAUACCAUCAAUGUCACUAACACAAAAUGGUAUGUCA